AUGCCAGGAAGGAUUAUACAAAAGUCUUGCUGAAGCCUUGACAAGAUGUCGUGCUACCUGCCGCCGAGCCUCCCUGCCAUGUACCAGGAACCCCUCCCCGUGAAAUGCCCGCCGAUGUACACUGCCCAGUGCCAGUCGGUGCCGGUCCAGUGCUCGGUGCCAUGCACCCCGCAGUAUGUGUCCCAGCAGCGCUUCUCAGGCUCCAGUUUCUCGCAGCAGCAGUGUGUGACCAAGUGCGUGCCGCAGCAGCAAUAUGCAACCAAGUGUGUGCCACCACAGCAGUGUGCGACCAAGGGCUUCCCGCAGCAGCCAUGCAUGACCAAGUGCGUGACAACUUGUGUGCCGCAGCAGCAGUGUGCAACCAAGUGUGUGCCGCAGCAGCAGUGUGCAACCAAGUGUGUGCCGCAGCAGCAAUGUUCAACCAAGUGUGUGCCACAGCAGCAAUGUGCAACCAAGUGUGUGCCACAGCAGUGUGCAAACAGGUGUGUGACCACCUGUGUCCCGCAGCAGCCGAAUGUGACCAAGUGCAUCCCCCAGCAGCAGUGUGCCACCAAGUGUGUCCCGCAGCAGCCGUACGUGACCAAGUGCAUCCCCCAGCAGCAAUGUGCCACCAAGUGUGUGACCACCUGUGUCCCACAGCAGUGUGCCACCAAAUGUGUCUCGCAGCAGUACAUGACCAAGUGUGUCCCACAGCAAUGUGCCACCAAGUGUGUGACCGCUUGUGCUCCACAGCAGUGUGCCACCAAGUGUGUCCCACAGCAGUGUGCAACCAAAAGCGUGGCCACUUGUGCCCCGCAGCAGUGUGCCAGCGAGUGUGGGAUGGCGUGUGCCCCACAGCAGUGCCAGCCAGGGGAUGGUGUGGACGAGCAGUACGUGCUGGGAUCCCUGCUGUCCCGAGCUACUGUCGCCCUGAGCUGCCUAAUUGAGCUGCAGCCUGGGCUCGCCCGCGUGGACGGCAGCCACGCCUGGGUGUUACGGCCUGGACGCACCUUUAAUUUUGGGUCAUCUUUCAUCUUUCACGCUUUGGAGUUGCAGGGCAUGAGCUUGCAAGCAUGUCCCACACCUCGCACGACCAUGCACUUUUACGGGGAGCAGUACAAACACGUCUGCCUGCCAGGGUCUGGCUACAUCACCGAGAGCCUCCAGGUGUGCGCGCCCCAGGCUGACGUGUGCAGCACUACGUGUCACCCACUGAGCAUCACCAAGAGCCCGAUGCCGAGCUGGUCCGGCUACCUGCAGCCCUUCAUGCUGGUGCACCCGCAGCCAGCCGUGGCCCCGCCGCCCCUGCUGCGCUGCCAGCCCUAUGCACAGCAGUGCGUCCUGCUUGGCCCAGAGGCCUGUGAGACCACUUGCCUUCUGCCCUGCGCUCAGCCUGGCGAGGAGCCAGGCACCAUGCAGAGCCUCCGGUCCUGCGAGACCUGCUGCCUCGAGAAAAAACACGUGGCCAAGAGCCUGCCGCCGUGCGCGCCCAAGUGCCUGGAGCCAAGCAAGCUCAGGUUCCCCCCGUGCGGGAUCAGGUACUCAUCCUCCUGCAAGAACGAAUGCACGGUGCAGCGGGGCUCCAAGUGCUGCCCGCCGCGGGCAAUGCCCGGCGGGUACUCGCGGCCGCUGCAGGGGUGCACGGAGUGCCCGCCGCCGCAGGAGUGCGUGCUGCAGGAGUGCGUGCUGCAGGAGUGCAGCAGCAGCUUUCCCCCGCAGCGCUGCACGAAGGGCUACCCCACGCAGGAGUGCAUCACCGAGCUCCCGCCGCAGCCCCACGGCGCCAAGUGCCCGCCGGGGCAGGGGGCGAAGGGGUGCCCGCCGGCACCGCAGUGCCUCCCCAAAGGCUCACUGCCGCCGGAUGGGGCCAAGCAGAGGUGCUCGGCGACCCAGUAUGCCUCCAAGUCCGGCUGCAUCCACCCGUGUGCCCCCCAGCACGUGUGCCGGCAUCAUGCUGGCAGAGGGAAAGGCUCAAGCCACAGCAAGAAGAGCUGCUGCGCUGCCAAAUGGCUCUGCUGA